AUAAUUGAAAUGUUAUAUGAAAUAUAAGUAUAAAAGCAUAAAUCGUGAAAAUGUAUCAAUAGUAAUACUUGAUUGUUAACAUUAUAAAUAUAAUUGGAAAUGCAAUAUUUUUGUUGAUAUAUUUAAAAAAAAAGAAAAAAAAAAAAAAAAAAAAAAAAAAAAAAAAGAAAAAAAAAGAAAAGAGUUUUUUUUUAGAUUAACGAUAAUCUAAUAUUUGUAAAAUAAUAACGAAUUAAAUAAACAUAUAUAAGAGCAGAUAUAUUAUUUAGAAGUUUUUAUUAGCACAAUUCUUUGAUAGUAAUAUUUAUAUAAAGUUUCAUCCAUAAACAGUGAUAUAGUUCGUCCGCCCGAAGUAAAAAUAUGUAGUCUACUGUAGGGUAGGUUAUUGAUUUCUGUCUAGGUGCCAUGUUGGUAGUGAAUACGGUUGGGGGUGUCUCUUGAGUGUAUAUAUAUCGCAGCAGUCUGCAAGGAGUAUAAAUAGGAGGGGUAGUUGCACCAUUGACCCAGUGUUGAGUUGACACACAGUCAGUUCAGUCACUCAAGCGUUAUCGUUAAACAUUGCCGUCUUCUACAUUUUUUAUUCUUUCAUGUGAAUCGCUAAUGCUAUACUAAAAUUCGUAAAGAACCAAAUUGAUCCAAUACAAUCCUAAAACACUGCCCUUUCGUACUUACGUUUAAACCAUACGAAUUUUUAUUCGAACCACAUCAGUACUUAUAUAGUGCUUUAAUAUAACAACGUUUGUAAACGUUUAUAGUUAAUAGUAUUGCGUAAAUGUAAACUCGAUUGCAUUUCAUUUAAGGAUAUAAGUGCAUUGUCCAACAAAUGUGCAACGAGAAUCAGGCCUUAUAAGUGUCAAUUUAAACAAAAAAAAAAGUGAAUUUCUGCUCUAUCAAAACCAUUGUUUUUAUUCAUUAUUGAAAAAUUGGAAUAAGGCAAUUUUUUCGAAAACGUAUUUGAAAAAAUUAUUGUGAAUCUAUUAUUUACAAUUUGAAGCAACAUGUCAGAGACAGCAGGGAUAGUACAAGGAUUGGGUAAUCCAUAUAAGAUAGUCGAUCAUGCAAGAGAAAGAAGAAAGGGUAUCACUGCCUCUUCUUUAAAAGAUUUAACUAAUAUUGCUCGAAAUCGCUUGGCUUUACCACCAGAUGCAAAUCUUACAAUUGUAUUGGAGCAAGAUGGAACCGAGGUAGAUGAUGAAGAAUAUUUUGCAACUUUGGAAAGAAACACCAGUCUAAUGGUUUUAUAUGGAGAUCAGAAAUGGAUUGCAGCAGGUAGUAGCAAAACUGCUUCUCGUUAUAUUGUUGUGGAUGAUGUGGACAACAUAGAAGGCACUUCAAGAAGUACCGAAAUCAGACGUCGACGUCCUCCAAUAGAACCAUUGGUUUCAUCGUUACAUGAUGAUCCAUCACAUAUUUCAUUACUUGGUGGAAAUGAUUUAGAACUGCUCAGUGAUAUGGAUCCUGACAGCUUAGCUGAUAUAGUACCUGACAGGAUUUUCCUUGAGCAAUUGAAGGAAGCAUCUGGUCGAUUUCUCGCAGAAAAACGACAAGCACAGGAGUCAAUGGCUCUUCUUCAGAUUUAUGCAAGUGGUGGAGAAAUGGAGCGAGCGUAGGCCAUGUGGGGGGUGGGCGCCCUCACAUUGGCUAAUAUGUAUCGAGUUAGGCGUCGUAUUUUCUAUAAAGGUCGCCAAUUACAACAAACUUUAAUCCUUCUUUGGAAUUGAGCCCAUACAACAUUUACUUGCAAGCCUCAAUUGGAGCAAGCAAAAGAUCAUUGUACUACAGCAAAAAAUGAAAAAAUCUAUGGAUUAAGGAUUUACAAUUCUUUUCCAUAUAAAACCUGUUUACCAGGGUUGUUUUGAAGAAAGUGAGAUGAUAAAGAAAUACGUACAGAUACACAAAUAAUUCUAUUUGACUACAAAUGAUUUAUGGAGUAUUUGAAAAUAUUUAUUCAGUCCAAAAUUAUCAAAUUUAAUAACCAAAGAUAAACAAAAUCGUGCUUAUAUAUCUCAUGAGUUAAAUAUUGUAUAAUUAGAUCAGAUUUUAUCUUAUGUUUUUGUUAAUAUAUAUAUUAUUAACUCAAAAAUAGAUACUUUGGACAUAUGUUAAGUUUAGUAUGUGGCAUAUGGAAUUGCUUUAAUACAAAAUAUGAUUAUAAUACAAAUAUAUAAAGUACUUAGCCAUUAAAUAAUCUGAACAUAUUUGAUAAGAAAAAAUAAUGAUGUCAAAGAAGGUAUUCCGUCACGAUGUUAUCAUAUCAGUAUUAGCACAAGAAUAUGUUUUAUUUAUGUAUUUUAUGUAGAUAUAUCCAUACUGAACUUAUGUUCAACGAAGAUUGAUGGAAUAUUUAAGACUGAAUUUAUAGGAAAACCGAUUGCAUCCCCAUUAAAAUCACCAAUUCAUUGAACACUAGAUGUAGUGAUGUAUUAGAAAACAAAACAAUAUCAAUCCUUUGAUACCAAACGAAGUUGUGCAUUUGAUAAAAAAAUCAACAGAAAAUAAAGAAAAUAGACAGGUGUUCCUGAAAAGAUUAUACAUAUGCACAAUUAGUAGAUGAGCUUCAUGGUACUAACUGUUCUUCAUUUGUAAUAAGCAAAAUAAUUUUUAAAUAUUUAAACAAAUUGUUACUAUUGCAAUUACAUUAUGUUGUAUUUUACAUUACACUAUAUGUAAAAAUUGAAUUACGCUAUAUUUUAAAAAGAAAGAAAGGAGAGAACAGUGAAUACAAUGUGUAUGUCUACUCUUUACAGGUACUCCAUAUUUAAAUAUCGUGACAUUCUUUGAUAUAUAUAUCUUAACAUACAUAUGCAGAAUUUUAGUGUUUACAUUGUUAUCCUUACAAUAAACGUCUAAUUUAUGUCAUGCAAAACUAGUCAAUGCAACGAUCAGUAUAAGGAUAUUUAUUACUUGGUAAUAUAUAGAUACAUCACUAAAGCAAACUGCAUUUGUUGUGUAUUAGAAUUAUUUUAAUUUCUAAUAAAUUAAAAGGAAUAUUAUUCAUACUUGAAUUUUUUAGGUAUGAUAGUAUAUAAUUAAUAUAUUGAAUAGACUGCCAAUUACAAGUGACACACAUUAGUGCUCAAUAUAUUGUAUUUAAUGAUUGUUUUUAAUAUUUGCAUUCAAUGCAAUUCUGAAUAACUUUAUUAUCUUCAGUCUAUAGUAUUAUUAUAAAUAUAUUUUAUUAACAAGGAUAUAUUAACAAAUGAACAAACAACUUAUGUUUUAAUAGAAUGUAAAAAACGCGUAUUUAUAAGUUCAUACAGAGCGUUAGAUGCAUUUUUAGAUUUAUUAGAUGCAUUACGCAAUUGACAAACCGCCUCUUGUAAGACAAGUUCGCUUCUUAAUAAUUGUCUGUUGACAGCUGAUAAUUCUUGAACAUCAUUAACAACUGUUCCUUCUGUCAUCUGAAUUAUAUCUUUAUCCAAUGUUUCAUUACAUUCACCUAUAUAAAACAUGAAAGUAACAUUUUUUAUUUGCAUUACAUUAUUAUCGUUAUUAUUUAAAAUAGAUAAUAUUUCAUAAAAAAUAAUUUUUUCUCUUUAUAAAUAUACAAUGUAUCAUUUAUACUAUAUAUACAUUUAAAGUAUAUACAUAACAGGAUAAUGUUCUGCUUGUGAGUAAAACAAAUUUUAGGUGCUAAAUGAAAUGGAUCAUAAUCCAUUAAAUUCUUACUUCAGUAAAAAAAUUGCAUUAUCGAUAAAAAUGUUUCUGCAUCAAAAAUAUUAUAUACAAUACUGUGUUUUAGCUAUAGGGAUGCAUAUUGUACUACUAUAAUAUUAAUGAAAUAUGAUGUUAUUAAAAGCAUCUGUUUUACAUUCUUUCUGUAACCAAAACCUGUAGGAUAUUAAUGUAUUUCUAAAAACAUAAUUAUUCAGCCUUAUCAAAUAAAAAAUCUUUGUAUUACU